CUGGUCUGGAUUCACGGUGGUGAUUUUUACGCCGGCUCAGCCAACUCGGCCCAAACCACGGGUGAAGUAUUGGCCGCCAAAACCGAUGUAAUUGUCGUGACGUUUAACUACCGGUUCGGUUGGUUUGGCUUUUUGUACGCCGGAAGCGAUGAGGCGCCCGGAAAUAUGGCGCUCUGGGAUCAGGCGCUGGCAUUGAAAUGGGUUAACGAAAAUAUUUAUCAUUUUGGUGGCGAUCCCAAUAGAGUCACAAUAAUUGGUGCCAACUCUGGGAGCAUAUCAGUGGCCGCACACAUACUGUCGCCCAUAACCCGAAACCUGUACCAAAACGCCAUAAUGGCGUCGGGAGGGCCCCUAUCGGACGCAUUCAUGCAU